CUCGACUGUCCUGGUGUCAAUAACGAGCGCGCACAUUUGUUGACUCAACUCGUAAGAACGUUGAUGUCCAAUGUCUUUCGGGAAGGUAUGAGACAUGACUGUGUAUGUAUUUUAACAGUGUAUGGUACGAAGACGUAUAACGUUAUCCGAAAGUAAUCGCCAUUUCAGGUGACUCGGUAGUCAUGUGUUAGGUUUAGGCCUACGGGAAAUAUUGGAGCUGCUUUUACCUCACGUUAUAUGUCAAGAACUGCACUUCCGCGUUGUGUUAUCGGAGAUACUUAACUGGCGUUCAUAAAGGGUGACAUUGUAACGACUACUACACGGAGGUAGAUCGUCGCUAAGAGGUCGAUACCGACUGGACAUUGGCUGGGUCUGUCCCAGGCAUGAAGAGGAAAGCUAAAACUAUGGGUGCCACACACAGUCGCAACGUGUCUUCAGCUGCAGGACCGUCGGCUUCGCAGUCAAAGGAAGAUCUGUUCCCUCUUCCUCUGGAGAUCCUGGAGGAGAUCUUCCUGAAUCUUCCCCCCCAUCAAGUGGUCAAAAAUUGUCGGUUAGUGUGCCAUCAGUGGGAAGAAGUAGCUGACGGUGAAUCUCUGUGGAGAGAGAGAUGUAGAAGAGAAGGAUUUCACCCCUGCGAUGGUUCCAAAAAGCCCAAAGACUGGAGGUUGUUUUACUUCUUGACCAGGAAGAGAAGAAAUCUCCUCAAGAAUCCAAGAGGAGAACAUGGAAUGAAGAACUGGCAGAUACUAGAGAAUGGUGGUGAUAAUUGGAAAGCAGAACAAGUUCUAGAGCCCCAUCCAAAUGAGACGGUCCAGAAAAACUUUGUGACCUCUUAUGGAAUGUGCAAGAAGUCGCAGCUGAUUAAUUUGGAGAAGGAAAAUUAUAACCCAUCGCUCAUGGAUCAGUUCCAACCCGACAUCAAAAUAUCUGAUUGGUAUGCACCACGAUGGGAUUGUGGCUGUCAAUAUGAGAUCUGUGUGGAGUUGCUGAAUCAAAGAAAGGAGCCUAUCAGGAAGUUUGCUCCUGAGACUGUUUACUUUGAGCAGUGGAACGAUCAGAAAUGGAAUCAGAUGACCUAUGUAUUCCAGAACUAUGGACCAGGAGUCAGAUACAUCCGUUUUAUCCACGGAGGCAAGGACACACAGUUCUGGGCAGGAUGGUAUGGAAUUCGUGUCACCGACAGCUGCGUUGAGAUAUGUCCACCGGGGGACACAUAGCGCUAGGGGAUUCAUGGGAUGCCCGCUUCCUGCCUUUGCCUAAAAUUGCACCUUUUUUUUAUUGGUAAUUUAAUUGGUAAUUGCGCCGUCUUUUUUCCCCUUAAAUAACGUGCAGUCAUUUUACAUGUUGAGGGAACGUGUCUUUGGGCAAAAGACUAUGAAUGUUGUUACGAAAAGUCAUUUUCAAAACACUCCCAAUGCAGCACGUUAGGAAGGAAUACAUGUAGAUUUAUAGUAGUAGGUAAGGUUCAUGAGUAGGGCUGUAGAGCAGAACUGAAAAUGUGUAACAUUUGUCUUCUAAAUUAUGCAAAUCUUAGUUAAAAUAUAAAAUCACAGAGACCAUUUGAAAUAGUUAAAAGAAAUAUAACUUAAACGUAAUGAUUACCUUUCAUUGCAUGUGGGUAAUACUUUGUGUAAUUAUCCUACUGUAUAAAGAGCCUCGUACACAUCUCUCUGCAGUGAGGUUUUGAGUCCGUAUGGUCCCCGACAACGUAGUUCGUUAAUUUGAAAACAGCCAUAUUACGUAUUAUAUUAAUCAGUUUCAGUCAUCUUCAGUUGUUCAACAUGUCUCAUACUGAAUGUGAAACACACACUGGGUCUAAAUUAAACUGUUUUCUGUGAAGUGUUUUUGUAUGACUAACUAGUCAUUGAAAAUGUUAGGACAAGAUGCCAUAUAAAGUAUCAGGGCAGCUUUGCAGAACAGAAUUAACUAUCUGGCUCUGAAGUUUACGUUUGCUUGUCAGUCGUAUUCAUUGG